AUGGGACUAGGCUACAACGGGGCAAUUUUAGGGUCGGCUGAAGGCGAUGUCCUCGGUGGCUCAUCAACCAUCGGUGACUUACUGUACAGCAGAGGUCACCGCAGCAUUUACGAUCGCUGGGCUAAUGUUUACGGAGCAACUGGUUGGAAUUUCAACACUGUUCUGCCGUACUUUCUUCGAUCUGAAAAUAAUACAUCGCCUCAAAUUGUUGACGGUAAUCCUUUCUAUCAUAGUACUACAGGACCUUUGAAAGUUUCCAGCAUAAAAAAUCCUGAUUUAAUUUUGACAAAACUACAACAUCAAUUCAACGUUAUGGGCAUUCCAACAGUGGACAUAAACGGACCAACACAACUUGGAACAGCAAUGUACCAAAUUACAGCAGAUGGAGUUCGAUAUAGCUCAGCUACGGCGUUCCUUGAUCCAAACCCUUAUCCGGAAAAUCUGCACAUUUUAUCAAAUGUUUUUGUGGGGUACGUUCUCUUUGAUGGGCGAAGAGCAAUUGGCGUGUCUUACGACCAGGAUGGAGUUAAAAAAAGUGUGAAUGCCAGACGAGAAGUUAUUGCCAGUUUAUCAACCUAUGGAGAUGCAGUUCUCUUAAUGCUUUCUGGUGUUGGACCUUCUGAUCAUUUGAGAUCUUUUAAUAUUUCAGUUUUAGCUGACCUUCCCGUUGGCAACAACGUGCAAGACCACCCAGCUGUAACACAUUUCUAUGAGAUUGUAAACAAUUCUUUACUAAAUGAUCCAGUUGGCCCAACAGUGCAGCAAUUAUAUCAGUUCUACGCCACUAAUUCAGGACCAUUAACAGAAAAUCCCCAUUUGGUUGCAUAUUUUAGUGUUCCUGGAAACGCUGAACCUCAGGUGCCAAACGGCAUCAUUAGUGCACAAACUAUGACCCUCUCUAGCAAUUUAUCCGAACUAGUGCUUCCAUUUCCCUCGACAAUGCAAAAUCAAUGGCGACAAUACUUUGCGCCAAUUGCCGGUAAAACUGUUCUGGCUUUGACUUCAGCUUUGAUGAGACCAUACAGCCGUGGAACAAUGCGACUCACCAGUACUGAUCCUAAAGGAUAUCCGCUAAUUGAUCCAAACUAUCUCGCCGAUCAACGAGAUCAGAUGUCAUUAAACAAACUUACAGAAAUGCUCUUCUACCUAACUCAAGAAACAGAAUUUGCCAAAUAUGCAAAACCCGUUUCAAUGCCAGUUCCUGGCUGCGAGAAGUUUUACUGCUCAGAAAUUCCGCUUUAUUUGUGCCAUGAUUACGUUCAGUGCAUUGUUCGACAGAUUGGUCGAGAAGGUCGACACCAAGUUGGCACCUGUAGAAUGGGAGCUGUCAGUCGUGAUGAUACGGUAGUCGACGAAAAACUUAGGGUGAAGGGAGUUGACCGACUGAGAAUUAUCGAUGUGUCCAUAAUUCCAGAAAUUCCUAAUUCGGAAACACUAGCCGCUGCCUACAUGAUAGGAGAGUAUGGCGCACAAAUGGUGAUCGACGACAAUAGACAAUGA